UUGGGGCUAAUUAGAGCUGCACUGGGGAUGGGUUUAUAGGUAGGACGCGGUGGUUAUGCGGGGUCCAGUGCAGUUAUCGUGGCUGAUGCUGCGUUUGUCCAUUGGUCCGGUCUGCGUUUAGCCACUGCCGUCCCCCCUCCCCGCGCAAUGGUACUGUGGACCGGGGGUAAGGUGGGUGGUUAGCCUGGUGUUUUCAUUAUGGCUGGCUAAGCGGUAGCUACAGGUUCUGGUAGGUAUAAGGUCGACAGGAGUUUUAAUGACUGAGCUAUGACAGCAGGGUUGAUUGGUUUGUGUUUUUGUAUUGUUUUAUUUGUAGGUAGCCUCCCCCUUUCGUGGCUUGUAGUGGGUCGGGCUGCUGUCUUGUCUGUCUUUAGAUUAUAGUAGUUGGUGUGUUCUUUUCUUUUCUUUAUUAUCAUGUUUGGUUUGAUACGAGUUUGUCUGUGUGCGUGAGUAAGCCCCGGUGCCUAGCAUUACGUGGUUUGCGGUUGGUUAUGGGGUGGGUCUUGUCUUUGGUUUGGUUUGUUUUUUUUUAUUAGUUUUGCUGUGUUUGUUUUGUUUCGUUGUAAAUGCGGGGCUGUGUGAUGUUUGGGGCUGUGAUUUUGUGUUGUAUUAUGUAAUUGUGGUUUGGUUAUUGUCACUGUUUACUGUUUCUAACUUCUGGUUGAUCCUGUUGUGUUGAGGUGAAUAAAAGUGUAAUUCCCUGAGUACUAUUUCCUUGUUUUUUGCUCUCCCAGUGACGAGGUAGUCUGUGUCCCUGGGCAGUAGGACCUGGGGUGGCGUAGUCAGGCUACUGUGGUUUGUUUGGGCCUUUCCCCUUGCAACUCCUGCCACAUUAGCAACAAUUAUUAGCAACGUGCUAUGCCCAUUCUUUGUUCUUUAUUGGAUUUUUUUUGUUUAUUGAUGCUACCGUCCCCACGACCCGACCCGGAAAAGCGGUAGGAGAUGGAUGGAUGGAUAGAUGAUGCUGCUGUUCAUUUUUUUUUUUAAUUGUAAUGCAAUAUUAUUAAUUUGUUUAGCAGAUGCUUCUAUCCAAAGCAGCAUACGGAAGGCCAGGGGUGUUCCCAAAGCGGGGGUCGUGAAAUGAUUGCCAGGGUAUGUUACUGAACAUUUAAAACUGAAAGGCAAUCUUGCGAGGGGACCCCGCCCCCAUAAAUUGGUGGUUGCGAGUAUCUGACACUUAUUUUGGGUAUUUUGCGCUGAAAGGUUUUGAGUACGCAUGUAGUACAAGUUUACCCGCCCGUGGAGCAAUUUGUGCUUAAGGGUCCCAAAGGUGAAGCCUCUUUGGCAACCACAUCAUUUGAAGCAACGAUCCUCUGAUCACUACGACAGCGUCCUAACCCAAUGAGUAAAACGCCACGCCUAAAUAGAAAGUAACCGACGAGGAUGGGAUUCGAACCCACGCGUGCAGAGCACAAUGGAUUAGCAGUCCAUCGCCUUAACCACUCGGCCACCUCGUCUUGCUAUAAAUAAGGGGUACCAUGAAAUCAUAUAAAUUUGGUUUAUAAGAAUACCACGUAGGUAUAACGCGUCUCUGCAUAGCUACUCAAGUGAAAUCAUUUUACGGAUUUUAAUUUUAGGUAUUACGGCCAUCUAGUGGUCAAAUAUAAAAAUCAAGUGUUUCCCCUCGCUGAGAAGAACAGCAAACUGAAUGGUUUACCUAGGCACUUAUCUACUGAUCUGGUAAACAAAGGACCCAGGAGGGGAAAAAAAUUUAUGGAAUUAACAUCCGCUGGCUCAUCAGGAGAAUGACUGGGAUUCUGGUCAAUAUCAGUGUUAUACUUGUAAGGGGGAAAAAAAAAAAAAAAUUCAUUUGUUACAUAUUGCCACUACCCGGUACAUUUUUUUUUUAAAUAUGAUCGUUAAACAGACGAGGUGAUAAUUAAAGUGGCUAGCUUAAGAAGAAUACGACUUCAUAGUCAUGUUUACAGGUUACAUUAUUUGAUAUAGGGCUUCUGGGGAAAAAAUAUCAAGAAAUAAAUGGUAUCUCCGCUCUCACUAUUUAUCUGAACACACAAAUUUAACAUUGUACGACAUUAAAAAAGGAAUAGGCUAACUGUACCACGUAUCACUUUAAAAGGGACGAUAGUUAAUAUCCUGCCCUUUCUGCGUUCAUUGAUGCUACCGGACCUUUUAAUGUUGUGUUAUGGUUCCGCAGAGUGCAUUAAAACCAUGACAGACAACUGCAAUAAAACACUACUUUUCAUGCCUCCGACCACACGAAACUUUAUCGAUCAAUAUUUGUUGUUGCCAGUCUCCAUUGGUAAGUUUAUUGGGCUGUGUUAACAAUUGGGUUGAAUUAUUAUUAUUAUUAUUAUUAUUAUUAUUAUUGUUUAUUAUAAAUAUCCACACGGGGGCGCCUAUUUCCCACUUGGUUUAAUAUAAAUGUCAGUUUCCGCCUGACUUAAUGUAGCCUAUACCUGCCGACGGCAAAUCGACGACGCUAAGAUGCAGAAAGGUGGCACGACAGUAGCCUCUGGAUAACAUACUGAUUUAACUUAAUUGGCUAUUAUUCAUAUUAGGCGAAUCGACGAAAUUAGGUGGUUAUGGGUGGACGGUGUUCCCAAUAUCUAACUAUAGAAUUCCUCAAGCAGUGUAAUGUAAUUGUUCACUUGAUAGAAUGUCACAUUAACGAUUUGGUUGUUACUUUAUUAUGGGAUUAUUGGAUUCCAGAAGAAGGUGUCACUGAAAAUACACUUAGGAAUUUAUCUGCCUGGCAGUGAGAGCCAACCGCUAUGUGUCGUAAUAGCUCUUAAAUCGUCCACUUUGAAUAAGGAGUGUUCAUCAACUAUAAAUAAAUCGUUCGAGGAGCAUUGGAUUAUGUCCAUAAUUAACUCUUAACAAUCAGCAUAUUUAAAUUCGGUAAAUGGUCCAAUGAGUCAUUUAAGACUUUAACACUUGAGUAAAUGCAUCCUUACGUGCACAAUCCUUAUUUACCUAAAUGAAUUUAAGUCUGUGUGAAAUAUUGGCCCAGACAUCAGUAAUUUAUAUUCAGUCGUCGAUUCAUCUCACACGAAUGACGCUGUUAGGCUAUGUAAAGUAAAUUUGGUAAAUAGCUAUCUGUGCCUGUGAUCAGAUUGGCCACCUGCUUCGUUCUUCUACCCUACGGUGUGAAAAUGUCUUUCAUUUAAAAACACGAAAGCAUUUCUCCUUUUGGCAAUUUUACGCCGACUGUGAGCUCAGGUGUGUUUGCACCAACUUCCUAUCUUAACCAGCAUUUUGGAGCCCAUCCCACUGCAGUCUCCCUGCCACCAUGGUAUCAAGUUCACAUCCUUCCCGACAAAAAUAGCCGAUGCAAAUCAGUCGUUUGAAACUGAAGAAUUUAAUCGUUGCAUUUUGCAAAACCACAAGGACAGAUAAAAUGUGCCAUUGACCAAAAUUUUUGCUUAUACCCAUGAAUUGACGUUAAAUCAAUCAAUUAAUUAAUUCUGCGUUUUACGCAAAAUAAUCCACUAUACAUUUAGUAUAGUCGUUUUUAAAGCAUGUUGUAUUGAUGAGGUUUUGUUUACAGCUCUCACUCUCUCUUACAAGCCUUUUCACUGUACUGGCAUCACUGAACGUUGCUGUACUCAUAUUCCCGGCUGCGUUGAGAAGGCAAGGCGCACAGACAAGGUCAUGCACCCCUCCCAGCGGAGAUGAGGAGGACGGAGAAACAUCUCACAUAAGCCCUGUGGAGGCUGUUACCUGCAGAGGAUUACAAUACCCGCGCCAUGCCACUGAUAAGUGAAUGGAUCUAAAAUCGUAUCCUUUCCACAUCGACGGGUAGGGUGUAUAAACGGCGCUACUGUCCCACGUCGUCAGUCAUUACAUCAUAAAUCAUUGAUGACUUUUCGGUCCAGGCUGUGACUGAGGGUGUUUUUUUAUGAUCGUUUUCAUAGUCGAUGGGUAAAGAUUGCUGAGACGCCAGCGCCCUCCCUGAUGGUCCAUCUCGACAACCAUUUUCUUUCCAGCGACUUGCACCGUAAAGUCGUGCAGGAUGUUUGGACCGAGUGCAUUUUUCGGGUUUGCAUUUAAGUCACACGUAGCCAUGCAGCAAAUUCAGAUCGACCCAGAGACACCGGAGAGCAGCCGGAUCCUGGCGAGCCGUCGACCGGCUACGUUUGAGCGUUUGUGGUUUGCUUAGGGGAGGGCUGGCUUGGAUGAUGACCGGCGUGUUUUUGUUAUUUUGCGAUUCGGACCUGGUUCCUCUUGAGGUGAUCCAUGCCCCAUCGUUUCCAGCACCAUCACCAUGUCCCCAGCGUCAGCUGCAACAGCCAGUGAAAGCAGCACCACCACGGUUCCCGAGGAGGAUGCGGACAGCCCCCGGGAGGAGCAGCGGCCUCUGAAACAGUCCCUGAGCAAGGCACUGUGCCGGGAGUCACACUGGAAAUGUCUGCUGCUCUCCAUGCUCAUGUACAGCUGCGUGGGAGCCAUGACAUGGUGUCACGUGACAAAGGUGACCCGGCUCACCUUUGACAGCGCCUACAAGGGCAAGUCCAUGAUGUACCACGACAGCCCCUGCUCCAACGGCUACAUCUACAUCCCGCUGGCCUUCCUAGUGAUGCUCUACGUGGUCUACCUGGUGGAGUGCUGGCACUGUUACACCAGGAACGAGCUGCAGUACAAGGUGGACGUGUCGAGCGUGUGCGAGCGCAUCCAGCGCAUGCGGCAGGCCACGCCCUGCAUCUGGUGGAAGGCCAUCAGCUACCACUACGUGCGACGGACGCGGCAGGUCACGCGCUACCGCAACGGUGACGCCUACACCACCACGCAGGUGUACCACGAGCGCGUCAACACCCACGUGGCCGAGGCCGAGUUUGAUUACGGCAACUGCGGCGUCAAGGACAUCUCCAAACAGCUGCUGGGCCUGGACAGCUUCCCCGUCACCAAGCUGCGCUUCACCAAGUGCUUCAGCUUCGCCAACGUUGAGUCGGAAAACUCAUACCUGACGCAGCGGGCCCGGUUCUUCACAGAGAACGAGGGCCUGGAUGACUAUAUGGAGGCCCGGGAGGGCAUGCACCUCAAGAACGUCGACUUUAAGGAGUACGUGCUGGCAUUCUCGGACCCUGACCACCUGCCGUGGUACGUGUCGCACUGCGUGUUCUGGGCGGCCGCCUUCCUCACGCUCUCCUGGCCGCUGCGGGUGCUGACGGAGUACCGCACGGCCUACGUGCACUACCACGUGGAGAAGUUGUUUGGCUUCGACUACGUGCCCGUGACGCCGUCCGAUGAGCGGCCCUUCUGCCGCCGCAUCCCCCGCGUCAAUACGGUGGACAGCACCGAGUUGGAGUGGCACAUCCGCUCCAACCAGCAGCUGGUGCCUAGCUACUCAGAGGCCAUGCUCAUGGACUUGGCGCAGCUGUCCAACUGCAACGGCUACACCGUCUGCGGCUACCGGCAGAACUGCGAGCGCUGCCACCGCACCAUCAGCAGCUCCUCCAUCUUCUCGCGAAGCGCGCUCAGCAUCUGCCACGGCAGCCCGCGCCUGCCAUUCAGCGCCAGCCGCUUCUCGCUCGGCCGGCUCUACGGCUCGCGCCGCAGCUGCUUCUGGCGCAGCCAGAGCGGCAGCCUCAACGAGCAGGGCUGCCCCGCCGAGAGCAGCCGCUGCCUGUCAGGCCGGGCCGCCGGCGAGGAGAGCCCACCCGCUUACCAGGACGCGCUCUUCUUCCCCGUGCUUAUCGUGCACCGUGACGAGGGCUGCCUGAACCAUAACCACCGGUCACUGCACCGCAAUGGCUCCUGCGUGGAGACCUCCUUGUGACGGUUGGGAUUUCAGGAAGGAGCAGUAUUAGGGGGGAGGGGACGUCAACCCGGAAUGUCUCCUAGGGCACGAAGCAUUGAAGUCGAGCCUUCCCAUCCUUGAGAUGUUUUCCCAUAAGUGUCGUCUUAGACGCCUGUGGGAUGAUUCAGCCUUUGGGGUCACUCAUAACUCACUCGAUCAUUGCUCAUCCAUGACUGUGUCCUCCCAGGAUCGCUCUGUUUAACCAGAACCCUGACUGACAGCGAAGGACAGGUGUCAGGUUUAAUCUCACAAUGCAUUAAACAGAAACUAAACCUACUUGGGAAGGUAAAGGGUUAAACGCCAACAUGAACUUGUGGAAUUAAAGGCAAUAAUCUUUAAAAACAAUGCACUGGAACAAAGAUUAAUUUAGGGAUUCAGUCGCUGAAUUUGACUCUUUUCUAAUAAAGGUUCAGCGAGGGAAUACAAUGUUUACGAUCAUCAACGAACAAAUUAACUGGGAAUGAAGUCAGAGGUCAAAUUGGGCAGAGGUCUCCACUACAAAGGACUGCAACCGCACAGCUGUUUUUUCAGCGCCGUAAGCAUCGCACGGUCAUGUGACCAUGCUUUGGAUCGUCAUGUGUCCACAAGCUUGCUCACUUUCUUCGAUAAUGUACCGCCAGCGGCUCGCCGUUAACGCAAUGUCGCAGACCAGCAUAAGAAGUCUGUUGGGUGACGGUAAUGAUCGUAACAGAUGAAUUAGCACAGCUAGCCACGUUACAUAUCCUCCGUCCUGCUACGGUAUAACAUCUUGCCAUCGGCUCCCCCUCUGCACAAAAUCACACUUUAGGACUUUGGGUUCCUACGCCGCUAUUAGGUUUCCGUCUUUUGUUUUUUUAAAGUGUGUUGUUACUUGUGGAAAUUGUAGCCUCUUGCGGCUGGUGACCCUUCGCUAAAGAUUGCUUAGGAAGCGAUCAGACCGUCCACGGUUACAGCCUACCAAUGAUCUGAAAAAUAAUCGACCUCUGGAUAUUUAUUUAAAAAAAAUCAUAUUUUUGACUUUUGAAAUUAUUUUUUUUAGCAGAUUUGAGACAAUAUUAUGAAGUUGUUUUUGUAAAUUGCUUCUGCUAACUAGUUAUUUUCACCAAUAGCAAAGUUGGUUUUGCGAGUGCUUUAAACAAUGGUGGAAUUUUUUUUUUUUUUUUUUUUUUUUUGUUGUGUCAAGUGGGUGUCUGUCAGUUUUUCAGGAACCUGUCUGGAGCCAAUCACACCCCUCAAUGUGAUCAUGUGAUGCCACUUUCUCUUUUAAGGGCAUACAGAGUCUAAAAGGUAACAGGAGACAUCAAAAGUGUCACACUAACUCCGGAAGUAACUGAACGUAGGGAAUGUAAAAUAUGAAGACAUGCAGUCAUGUUUCUUAUCCUUCCUGCCCAUCUAUUUAUAGCACUCUGCUUGGUACGGUGAAUUAUUUAGUAAGGGACGCCAAAGGACACAAAAACUUCAAAGAGAAUUCCUGGUGAUGCGGAAUGUUUGCUUUCUCCAUGAACGCGGCCACUUCCAUAAAGGAAGGCUCUGGCACGGGUCUUGAUAUAUUUUUUAAAAAGCCCUCUGACAAUAACAAAGGUUUUUAGCAAUGAAUUACUAACAACAACAGCAACUGUUACGACAAAUGUCAAGCUAAUUAGUGGUUCGGUCCACAGCACUACAGGACUGAUGUUUACAAACCGAGAAAGAAUCCAAACGUUUGCUGUUCUUUUUAAAACUGUUUUCUGUCCUCAGACAUGACAUUCACCAUCAACGCGAUUAACCAGGCUGUGUCAUGCGCUCGACCCAUUAUAGAGCUUCAUUCCUCCUUUUGUCUGCUACCUCGUUUCAGUCACUGAAGUGCCUGGGGGCCUCAUCGAACAAAUGCUCAGCUGCGAACGCAUUUGACCAGCUUGUAAGUCAGCCGUACUGCAGUUAAAUAAAAGCUUGGGCGUCAUGGAGGAACUGAAAGUUUGAUGCAGCCUAAAAAUACAAUCGACUGAAUCAGUUAAAAAAAGCAAACUUCCAAAAUGUACAUUUCAUAUCAGUACCACUUGAUGCCCAUGUGGUUCCUAUGUGGCCACCAAUGUCGCCUAAGGAGUUGAUGGCACUGCUUCAUACAAUUUUUAUUGAAUCAUCAAAGACAAACUUCACCACUUUCCCACCUAGCACAAGCCCUCCUGAGCCUGUCAACUGUCAUAUUCACAAGUGUGUUGAAUCGACACCCCCAAGCAGUGAUUGCUAGAAACUCACCCCCAGAAACAUCUGGACAUUCAAUUUUAAUUCAUUUAGUUCAUUUAAAGCCAAUAAUUUUGGUAGCUGAAUCCAUGACCAAUUCAUACAUUUUCACAGUAAAAAGAAACCUCCAUAACUCAGUUCUGUCACCGUACAUACCCCGGUAACCUCAGGAAUGAACCAGGUUGUAUAGGAAUGUAUAGAUUUCAAAGGAUUUUUAAUCAUUUAUUUUCCUGACUGUUUUCCCAAACCUGACGAGUGUGUUCGUUAUGAAUUUCCCAGUGAAUUUAGCUGUGUGUGACCUGUCUUUGAGUUUGUAUACUUUGAGAUAUUUUCAAGUCCACUUUUCAGACUGAUUAUAAGAAUAUCUGAAGGUAAAUACUGUUUUUUUCUGCUCCCUUUUUUCCAGCGCUGUAACCCUGUAAUUGUGAUGUGAUCGUACAAACUAUCAAAACCCACAUCUACAUGUAUCUGAAACGCAUCAAAGCGGUCAGUGAGAGGACUGAGGCACUCAGUACCUGGUCAUUUUUUUUACGGUGCAUAACUAUGCAAGAGUCUCAGGAGUUCAGCCAAGAAACCGCCUCACCCAUCGCGUUCCUGCCCGACGGUCUUUUACGUUUACAGUGUAUAUGCUUCAGUCUGUCCUGUAACAGACUCUAAUACCUUCUGAAUAAAUGACCUUUCGAUUGACUUUUAUGAUGCAAAACUCAGGGGACCCAAAGCUCCUCUGCUGCUGACAUCAUACCAAUCAAACUACAGGAGGUCUAGAGCUUUCCGUGAGCUAAAGAAUGUCACGCACCGAUCAUGCAGAGUCUUCGAUUAACUACACGCCUUGGGCAUAUCAGACACACGAGUAUGCUGAUUUACCACUCAGAGUUAGGAAACUGCGCAACCAUUAAAUGAUAUCCAAUGAGAAAGAAAAGGCCCCUCCCCCUAUGUGGAGCAAUAAAUAUUCCUCCCCCUGGAGGAUGUAAUAUUACAGCCCUCCUGGUCCUUAGUUCUUAUUUAUUUGAUGACGCAUUAGUAAAAGUGAUUUGUUUUUAAUUGGGGUCCCGGGUUUAAGAAAAAUGGCUCUAAUGAAGUAGUUAAUCCAAAACGUCGAAAUAAAAUUAUGUCCAAAUGCCGUUGUGAUUAAACGAAAUUGAGAAAGUAACAAAUAACAGUAUAUUUCACACAUUUAUUUAACGAGUGAAGAGGCUGAAAACGAUGACUGUUAACACUCAUGUUGCUGUCAGAGGUUUGCAAAAACUAAUUUCUUUGUGUUUUAUAUAAUGCCAUGAUGUGGGACUUAUUUGGAAAAGCUGCAUUUUCCCCCCUGUAAAUAAUCUGGGGAUGCAGGAACAGACGGGGCAGCAGACUUUUUAUGUGCUGGUGAAUGUCUCACCUGCGCAAUGGAGUGCUGCCUUUACUCAUGAGCCGUGGGUAUCUGGUUUAUUCAAGCAGUUUGUAUCCAUGUACAUCUGAAAAGUCUCCAAGAAUUUUUCCAAAAAGAGAAAAUACUGUACAUGUACAUAACAUAAUUCAGCUGUAUACAUCUGGUGCUUUAUAAUCUGAAUAUAUAUACACGGGACAGCACUGUUCGGUUUCAGCAUUGCUUAUCAUGUUCCCAUGAAGGUGCACUCUUCAUACUCGUCGCUGGAGCAGACGGAUUGUAAGAAUGUUCGUGUUGCACUGGGAACUUUUAACCACUAUGAUCAAAUGUUGUACGGAGGGGAUUGUGACCAUGGAAUGUUCUGGAAUCAUGUUAUACGUGUUGUAUGGAACAGAUUGGGACCAUGGAAUGUUCUGGAAUCAUGUUGCGUGGAGGGGGAUUGUGACCGUGGAAUGUUAUGGGACCAUGUUGUACAUGUUGUUCAAAGGGGAAUGUGACUGUGGAAUGUUCCAGAACCACACCUGCCACUCUGUAAACGUUAUCCAGUUAGACAGUUGGGGGACCCUCGCCUGAGAACAGUCGGCCUGUGACUCUUAAAUUACUUUAAUAAACAUGAUCUCAGUGAACCGUGAUAGGUUAGCCAUAUUCAUAGCAGUGUGUAAAAGUAUAAUUACAUUCAACAAAAUGCCACAAUAUCCAACUCAAGUUCUCCAAAUACAUUUUUGGUAUAAGUGUACAGAAGAUCAAUGUUUUACCUGAAACUGCAGGAGUCAGAACAUAUUUUAUACUCUGUAGAUGAGGUAACUCGCUAGUCUGGUGUGUAAUGAUCCUACAGUUAUAAAUGUAAAAGACUGGAAAACCUAAUCUUUAUGUAUAUUACCACUCUCACAAUGUUGCCUUUAUGUUGCAUAUAUACAGUUACGAAGAUUAAGAACCAAAUCUGUGUACCAACAUUACAAAAAGGCUGAAUAAAACAUCACGUUUUCAGUU